AUGCCAGCACCAGGCCUAUACUUAAAUCUAAGUUACUUUCAAUCAACUUUCCCUGCCUGGUCUCCUCAAUUAAGCUUAAGAUUCUCUAGUGAUACAACAGCUACAUUCACCUUAAUGGGUAAACUCCCCAGUCCUCUCAACUCUCCACAACCUCCAAUCUUUGGCGGAUUAAAAUAUGAAACAUUUAAACCCUUUGAAUAUUAA